CCAUGUAACAGCCAUUUUAAUACUUGUGCUAUAUAAAUUACAAGAAAUAUAGCUAUAUGUGCCUGAAGUUCUACCGUUGAGCGCCCUGUGAAACUGUCAAACGGAGAAUCGUGAUGUUACUGUGGUAGCGCUCCUGUAAAACAACAGCAGCUCUGACUUUGGGGCUUAUCGUUGGAAAUGCCCGGGUAAUGUCAUUUGACCCUGUAAACAGCCAUAACUUUGGCGAGUGCCACUUAAUAUAGGCAAGCCUAAGAGUUAGCACAUAAGCGCAUUGAAACGACUCCUUCAGCAUAUAUAGCUGUACCCACACUAUAGAACGCGUCCAUAUUAACGGACCGAAUACAUAGUAGACUUUUGACGUAGGCCUAUUGGCGUGUUACUAUAGCACCUAGGACUAUCAUUUUUAUAAAAACGUAGCAAGUUUCCCAUUUAACAAGAUUUCAAUACACAAUGUCGAGCGCCCCUUAUUACAAUAAUGACUCCCGUGGCUCCUACGGGGGUGGUUCUCGCGGUUACGGUGGUAACCGUGGGUAUGGUAGCAGCAGUGGUGGUUACCGUGGCUUCGGUCAGCAAUCGCAUGGUUAUGACAGUGGUGCGCUUGGCAGCAGACUAUCAACUAUUGACUGGUCAAAGGAGACACUGGUUGCCUUUGAAAAGAACUUCUAUAAGGAGCACAGUGAAGUGAGUGCCAUGUCCUCUGCAGACGUUGAUCGUGUGCGCAAAGAGAGGGAGAUUACUAUUAUCGCUGGACGUGAUGUCCCUAAACCCGUGGUUUCAUUUGAACAUACUUCCUUUCCGGAUUACAUCUUGAAAGCUAUUAGAGCAGCUGGAUUCACUGCUCCUACGCCAAUUCAAGUACAAGGUUGGCCUAUCGCACUUUCUGGCCGUGAUGUCAUCGGUAUCGCUGAAACUGGUUCUGGAAAGACACUUGCAUUUUUAUUACCUGCAGUGGUUCACAUUAACGCUCAACAUCUUUUGAGGCCUGGUGAUGGACCUAUUGUGCUGGUUCUUGCACCAACUAGGGAACUUGUUGAGCAAAUUCGACAGCAGUGUGUACAGUUUGGAGCAAGUUCUCGUAUCAAGAGUUCUGUAGCCUAUGGAGGUGUUCCCAAGCGCCAACAGAUGUAUGAAUUGAAGCGCGGUGUGGAGAUCUUAUUGGCAUGUCCGGGAAGGCUAAUUGACUUUUUGGAGUCUAAUGUCACUAACCUCAGGAGGGUAACAUACCUGGUACUAGACGAGGCUGACCGUAUGCUUGAUAUGGGUUUCGAGCCACAAAUCAGGAAGAUUGUUAGUCAAAUCAGACCCGAUAGGCAAACUCUAAUGUGGUCUGCUACAUGGCCCCGGGAAGUACAGUCACUGGCUCAUGACCUUUGCAGGGAGGAGCCAGUUCACAUUAAUGUCGGUUCCCUUGACCUCAAGACAUGCCACAACGUAUCGCAGGAGGUAUUUGUCAUUGAAGAGCACGAGAAGCGCUCACAGCUUAAGAAGAUUUUGGGUCAAAUUGGUCAAGGCACCAAGAUUCUUAUCUUCACGGACACCAAGAAAACUGCUGACUCAAUUACCAAGGAGCUCCGCCUUGACGGCUGGCCAGCGUUGAGCAUACAUGGUGACAAGAAGCAGGAGGAGCGUAACUGGGUAUUGAAUGAAUUCAAGUCAGGAAAGCAUCCUAUAAUGGUGGCUACUGAUGUGGCAUCCCGUGGCCUCGAUGUACGCGACGUGAAGGUUGUGAUUAACUUUGAUUUUCCGAACCAGAUUGAGGACUAUGUGCACAGAAUCGGUCGUACGGGUCGCGGUGGUAAUAAGGGUGCCUCUUACACAUUCCUGACCCCUGACAAGAACCGUGUUGCUCGGGAGCUAGUCAAGCUGAUGCGUGAGGCCAAGCAACAAAUAAGUCCGGAGCUGUCUAAACUGGCUAAUGAGCGUUCUGGUGGCGGAAACGAACACAGAAGGUGGGGAGGCUAUGGAGGCGGCUACGGCCACCGAUACGGUGGGGGUUACCAAACUUCUGCCAAUGCUUUGCCUUUGGGCAGGCGUUACUAGGCUAUGUGUCUGAAACGGGACGCUGGCCGUCAGACCUAGUGCUUGCAAACUCGGUUUCAU